AUGGGUGUGCCGUUCAAUGACACUCAGAAUUGGCGUUUGCAGAUCGCUGAAGUUGGAGAGGCGAUGCUUGGAAGUUAUCUGAUUGGUCUACAGGCUGGCAAUGAGCCUGAUCUUUAUUCACGACACGGUCACCGACCGAAUUCUUAUAGCCCUCAGGAUUACCACGACGAAUUCGGUCUUCUUAUCGACGCAAUGAAAGCAGACUCUAAUAUUCCCAACAAAAAUCUGCUCAUUGGCCCCAAUCUGGCUGGUGUGUGGAGCCUACCGGAUAUCUGGCAAACCGGGUUCGCCACAGACUUCAACCAAAACCUUGCUGCAUUGGGUGUUGAAAGGUACCCCACUGAUAAUUGUUACGCUCAGUUUGGCAUAGGAACUGAGCGCACUGGUCAAGAGAUGUUCCCGUCCUUCUUGACACACCAAGCCGGAAUUGACAUUGUUAACGAGUUCCCGCCCUUCAUAAUGUCAGAAACCAAUACGGCGUCUUGCGGAGGUUUCCCCGGGUUAAGCGACAGCUUCGGGGCUGCCCUGUGGGGAAUUGACUAUGCUCUCCAGCUAGCAUACAGCAAUUUCUCAACUGUUCUUUUCCAUGUUGGUCCGAUCUAUUACUCGGCUCUAGUAGUCGCAGAAGCGCUGGGCUCCUCCAAUGUCGCGCAGGUCCUGGAUCUGCAGGCAAAUGUCCGUGUCGCGCUGACGAACUUUAUCACGGAUCCGUCUGGAAAUAGCAACUACACUGCGAGUAUUUCGAUCGGGGGAACAGUGCCUGCUCAAGUGCAAGUCAAGUACCUGUUGCUGACUCCGUCUCUCAAAACAUACAACUUUACGUGGGCUGGACAGACCUUUGGCGGUCCAUUCACAUCAGAUGGACGACUUACAAUUCCCUGUGACCAGGUCAAUAACUCCGACCAGAGCUCAACAAUGACCUUCUCAACCUCCACAUACACGAAUCUCCAUGGACCAACCAUGACCAUUGACCCCUCUGUUCUGGCUACCUCGAAUGGUGAGAAAGGAUUAGCCGACGCCCUAGCGGGUACGAGCCAAGGUCGACAGAUGAGCAACGCUCUGGGACUUGCGCAAGCGUUGCCUAGCUUGGUCGCUGUCAUAGCUGGUGCUCUCAUGGUCGGGCGUCUGGCCCUCGUGCGAUGAAUGUUUUUGUAUUUUUCAUUCGGGGUUCAAUGGGCCGGGAGCUUUUCUUCGUCCAUUUACUUGCACUUGCAUCGGACUUGAUUUACAUGAACAUAAAUACCGGAAUCGAUCAUUGUCACUGCUGUGUGUAGCAUAACAUAUUCUUCUUUGUCGUAUUCUUUGGAUCACUUGGAACUCGUUGGGCCUGCGUGCAUCAUACCUUAAACUAAUCCUACUUACGGUCUUUUUGUCCGUCACUUACUGCAAUCCCAGAUCUGUUAUGGUGGCGCUCAA